CGCACUGCGCCGGGCCGAGCGGAGCCGAACCCGAGCCGAAUCCGAACCGAGAAGAGCCGAAGCUAACCCGAACGCGGCCCGAGCGGAGCCGAAGCUAACCCGAACCCGGCCCGAGCGGAGCCGAAGCCAAGAAACACACACACACACACACACACACACACCCUCCCCUCACCUCCCCAAAGCGGGGCCGGCCAUGCCUUGAACCGGCUUCUCCGUCCCGUCCCGGGCCGAAGCUCCUCGUCCCCGUCCCCUUCCCCUCCCCGCCCCCCCGUCCCCCUCAUCCUCCUCCGAGGGACCCAGGAGUCCGGCGGGGGAGGGGCCCAUGGCCCAGGAAGGGGGUUGAGGGGGGACGGUGAGGCGCUGAGGAGCGGGACAGGCCCGGCCGGAGAGAUCCGAACCCGAUCGGAGAGAUCCGAACCCGAUCGGAGAGACCCGAAAUCGAUCGGAGAGACCCGAACUCAAGCCCGAACCCAACUGAAGACAGCCGAACCGAGGCCGAACUGGGUCGAACUCUGCCGGAGACAGCCGAACUGAGCCGAACCGAGACCGAACCGAUCCCGAAUCUAGCCGAACCCGGUUGAAGACAACCGAACCGGGUCGGAAACAACCGAACCGAGCCCGAACUGAGCCGAACCCAUCCGAAAAGAACCGAACCGGGCCCGCCAUGUUGUUCCCCGGCCUCUCGCUUUUCCUCGGUCUCCUCAUGGCCGGGGGGGCCCAGGGGGGGUGCGUGGAGGUGGCUUCGGGGACGGAGGCGGUUUUGGGGGCCCCCUUCCGCCUGCUCUGCAUCGCCUGCAAGCGCCGCAGCGAGACCCCCGCCCAGGCCGAGGGCGAGUGGUUCUUCCGUCCCGAGGGGGCCCCCCACUUCCAGAAGAUCCUGCACUACAGCCCGGAGGAGGGGCAGUGGGUGGCCCCCGGCCCGUUCCAGGGGGUGCUGGCCUGGAACGGCUCGCGGGGCACGCGGGACCUGCAGGACCUCUCGGUGCGGCUCUCGGCCGUGGGGCGGCCCCACGCCGGGCUCUACGUGUGCCGCCUGCGCCGCAACCUCACCUUCGAGGGCUACGUCUACAGCCUGGCCCGCAACAAGACCCUGCGGCUGGCCGUCGUGGACACGGCGCGGCGGGACCUGGCGUCGAUCGUGUCGGAGAUCCUGAUGUACGUGCUGAUCGUGGUGCUGACCCUCUGGCUGGCGGCCGAGAUGCUCUACUGCUACCGCAAGGUGGCGGCCGCGGCCCCGCCCCCCGACAGCGCGUGA